AUGACAACCAUGGGAGAUCUCAGCGUCCCAAAUAUGCGUGGCAAGUCCUUCGCCGAGCGCCUGAGUGCCAGCAGGAAGACCUCUGCAGAACUCGUCCAAGAGGCCAACAUUCUCUCCACUCAAGGAGAUGCGUCCGGUAUUAUCGCCAACAGAAUUAAACAGUGUGUCGAACUAGAUACCGAGCACACGAUACUCCUGGAGGAGCAAGAAGACAACUUUCGGAAGAGGAGGAUCUCGCGUAAGGAAUUCGACGAGGAGUGCCUCAAGAUGCAGGUUAAAGGUCGAACUGUUAGCUGGAAGCGGUUCUUGAGCGAUCGCUACACUGGAACCAUCUGGACGCUCGAAUUCAACCCCGAAGAACACCUGGACGGGGCAAAGCCACUUGAAAUGUUCUGGUGCCCUAUCCUCCAAGAAUGGUUCGAUGAUUUCAAAGUUGUCGGAGCGCAUAUCAUACCUCGUGCGAAGCGUAACGAGUACGUGAAGCUGCUCUUCGGCGUUGGAAACGCGCACGACUUUAUUACGUCAGCGCGUAACGGCAUCAUUAUGCACAAGUGGCUAGCAGAAGACUUCCAGAUGGGAUAUUUCGUUAUUGUUCCGGAUUCGGAAUAUGACGAACACGAGAGGCCCGAGUAUAAGAUCCAGGUCAUCAAACACGACCUUCUCGCGAAUAAAGGUGGAAAGCGGACGGUGGCUGCCUGCUGGUGGAUGGGCGAUGAAUUCCAGAGGGUAUGCUGGGAUGAUCUGGAUGGAAAGAAGCUCGAAUUUCCGUCUCAGUGCGACAUCAGACCAUCAAGGAGAUGCUUGUUCCAACACAUGAUCACCGCUGUCAUGUCCGCCAAGGCGAAGAAUUAUAGGGGAUGGGAGGAGACGAUGAAUUCCAUCCUGGAAAAAGAAUUCUGGACUUCACCUGGGGAGUAUCUCAAUCGGGCGCUUCUAGAAUCCAUUUGGAAGCUAGCGACAGGCACUGGUGUUCCGGAGAAGAUGCUCAGGCAUACCUUUGAAGACGCUGAAGUUAGGGAUACAAGGAGUGCGACAUUGGAGUGGAGGGUGGCCUCCGAGGACCGCCAGUUCGUCAGCAGAGAAGAUGACGGUGAUAGUGAUGAUGAAGACGAUGACAAUGACGAUGACGAUUACGAUGAAUAUGUAGCGUGGUAA